AUGCUCCAGCCAGUAAAUCAUUCAAACGUCGAUAUUGGGAAAUUGGACUUGCGGCGCCAUCUUUGGAGUUCAAAGCUAACGACUGACCCAGCAAAGAGGGGAGAGACGAGGAAUACAACAUGUGCUCAUGUUUUCUUUCUUCCACGUUUCGAUUUGCCGCGUGCGGACACGUUUUUCUAUUCUGAAGAAUUUGUUGAUUUUUAUUACAAAGAAUAUUUUGGAAUUCUUGCGUUUGAAAUCUGA